AUGCUGCCUAACCAUGCCCAAUCUGCCUCCAACGACCAUCAGAACGUCUCCCUCGAUGGCCCCGGCCCCGAACAAAUCACUCCUGCCGCAGUCCCUCCCAAUGUGCGCCCACAACUGGGUGCCUCUGUUCAUACAAGGGAGACAUCUGUGACAAGAGGAAGAACUCAACAACCUACAACUCAGGCAUAUGGCUCCAAUUACGUGCCUCCAUCGCGAGCGGGCUCUGCGCAACCGCACGGAACAGAGUCGGGUUUGAGCUCAAAAGGUGGUCCCGCCAUCGACACCGGCCUGCAGCGCCGGACGUCGAACAAUUAUGGUCAUCAUCGACAGACCUCUGUCAUCCACGGACUACAACAUUCGCGAAAUCCCAGCUUCAAUUCUCCCGCGACCGGCAGUCCUCUCACCCCCGACUCCUUGCUCAGUGCGCCCAACUAUGCGAGGUACCCUAACCAACCCACCCGCCGUGGCCAGUUUUCAGCCUCCGAGGGCUCCUCCGCCUUCACAAGCCCGGUGUCUCCGUUUCAGGGACAUGCGCAAGGUCAUUCCAUUGACUCCCUGAUAGAUGGGCCUGGAAAUUCAACAGAGACGGUCCCAGCGCAGCCUCGGAGACGAAAAGAGCAUUCGAGGACGAGGCGAGGCCAUGCAUAUCAUCCAUCGAGUGUCCACCAGCCGGCAGAACCCCGAACGCCUGGCGAAUACGCUCUACAUCAUCUAUUCCACGCAUUUGUGCUGCGUGCUGACCAAAGAAUCAACCAUUGUCUCACCCUCCUCGACACUUCUGCUGCGCCGGUCGAACAGACUUGUGCCCCUGGAGUGGACCCUGGCUUUGAUCAGUUGAUAUCUUCGCUUGGCCAUAUUUCCCGGCAAGGUCCAAAACCACUGGUGGACAGCCUGAUGCUUUGGCGGAAAGGCAAGGGUGAUACCGCUGCAACCCUGAAAAAACAAGUCUACCAGCAGCGGCUGCAGGUUGGUGCACCCAACUUGUCACUGCCGGCCUCUCUACCGCGCCGUCAUACAGAGCCCCUGCAAGCCCCGGGAGAGCCUGGAUUUCCUCAGGUCACCGCGGACAAUGCUUCGUCGGCAGAAGAUAGUCUGACGCAGGAGUACUUGUUAGCAGACCGCAGAGCAACUAUAUCAGUUUACAUUCUGUGUCGAGUUCUGAUUGCCAUUUUCGAACAGAGCAGUCUGGCUGCCAUAACUCAAGACCUGGCCAACAAACUAGAAGACAUCGUCUUCACUCAGCUCCGGGAAGUGGAACCUGCUCAGAUUCUCACAUCAAGCAUUCGUCUGGCGAAUUGCCGAAUUUACGGCGAGGUGUUAGGUCAUAUGAGUCGCCUUGAUUUUAUCCAUGUCACAGCUCGCUUCACUGACCAGCUUAAAACGUGGCAGCAAGAAUUCGCCAAAAGUUCUGGGACCACCGCCGCCAGAGACAUUGAAUCUCGCCUCGAACUGCUUCUUCUGGGUAUGCGACAUCUGCACAUCGCCGCCAACCGAGAGACCGCGUCUCAGGUAGCUGAUUUCCUCUACACUCUCGCCGCGUUGUUCUCGGACGCCCACGGACCUCGAGUCAAGCAAGCAUACUGCCACCUGUUCCAGCGCUUGCUUACUGCCGUAGCCAGCAAUCCCGAGUGCUUCCAGAGUGUUCCCAAAUGGAAGGACUUUAUCGAUGCCAUAAACUCUCGAUUGGGAAAUAUGUUGGUCAAGGUGCGUCAUUGGCACAUUGGGUUUCCACUGUCGAUCUUGCUUCUUUGCAUUUCUCCGGUCGAGACCUUCUCACAGCAGUGGUUCCCCAUGAUGUCUACUCUAGCUACGAAACUUAAGGACAGAUCGACACGCGGUAUAGCCUUGCAGGCCAUCUGCCAGCUGCUGUGGACGUAUCUGGCACGCAUAACGGAGUCUUCUCAGGUCAGACUUCGGCGACUGGAGGAGAUCAUUAGAAUCGCCAUUCCCCAGGGGAAGAAAACGCACGUGGUGUCGGAUCCGUCUGUGUCUAUACCGCUGGUGCAGCUCAUCAGGAUCAUUGGCUUUGCAGCUCAGGAUAUGUGUUUCCGAUCGGUCAUCUUCCCCUUGGUGCAUUACGACCUGUUCCAGUCAAGCCGAAACCUGAAAAUCGAGAAUAUGGAGCCUGAACGAAUGGUGAUUGGCAUUCGAGCCUUCCUUGCCAUAAUGGCGGACUUGGAGAAGGAAGAUUCUGAGGGUCCUCCAUUCCCUGUCUUCGGCACGCAGAGCCAGAACCUGGAAGGGCUACCAUCUUCACCCAUCAGUAUGAGAACUAGUUUGGGAAUUGACUCUUCGUUAAGGACGACCUUGGAAGACGACAGUCCCUCAUUCGUACCCGUCAAUACGGGUAAACUCGACGAGAAUGCCCGACAGUACUACUUGCAGUUUUGCCAGAUCCUAGGUAAGAUCACGAUACUGUGUGACAAUACUUUUGGUGGCCAAGCCACGCUGAACGAAAAGUUUUCCUCUACGAACUUGACACCGAAAACGCCACUUGUGGAUGCUUUGAUCCUGGCUCGCAACCAAGAUGGGACAGCACCCGAUCAGAAACAACUCUAUUAUGAACUCCUGCAUGUCGCCAUUCAAGCUCUUCCCCGCUGCUUUACCGACCAUAUACCGUUGAGCCCCUUGAUCAACCUCUUGUGCACAGGUUCCGCCCAUGUACAGCCCAACAUCGCGGCUUCGGCCACACAAUCGUUGAAGGCAAUUGCGAGACAGGGCCACGCUCAAGCAGUGGCGAUUGCAUUUCCACGCUUCAUCUUUCAUUACGACACCCAGUACUCCACAAUGUCGGACGAGGGCCGUCUCGGACCCGCCCACAUUGAGGCAACACUGACGUUGUAUCUUGAACUCCUCCAGAUUUGGACGGAACAGCUCAAACAAAAGGCUGUGGCCAAUUCUCCAGAAGCAAGGGACCGUGCCGGGCCGAAUUCUGCUCGGGCAUUGCAAAUGGAGCUCACGAAUGUUAUCCCCCAUGUGGACGAGAUUGAGGCCUACGGUCUAUUUUUCCUUUGUUCCCAGUCUCGCCGAGUACGAUCCUACGCGAUCAAAGUCCUGCGCCUCGUGACUCAAUUUGAUAAUGUUCUUGGCCAGGAUGAACCCUCGCGGAUCAUUAAGCUGCUCGAGGGACAAUCAUCCAAGAUCUUGGAUCUGCAGGAAGGCUCUCUCAAUGUCGCCGAGCGAAGCCGGUUACAGAAAGACAAGCGAGGGAGCCCUGGGCAAAGCACGUUGAUCGAGAUCUGCAGCUCAGAAGUGUCAUACGAUUCGACACUAUGGUACAAAGCAUUUCCCAACCUGAUCCGUGUUGUUUUUGAUGCAUGCCCGAACGCAAUUGCCCUGUGCCGGGGGACGGUGACCGACAGGUUGGUACUGAUGCAGAACGAUGUUGAGGGGUUUUCCGAGACUACUCUUGGAAACCCAGCUGCGUACGAAUACCGGAUCCAGGGGCGCAGUUCGGCCACGUCCGCCGAAGUGUUUUUCGAGCAGUGGAAGUUAUAUCUGAUCAUGGCAUGUGUCACGCUCAGUUCUCCAGGCGCACAGUCGCAGAGCCAGCUAGCCGACGCUGCUCAUGCUCGGAAGACUUCCAAAGGUGCCACUCCGGCGCAAGACAAGCUGAGCUCCGCUCGAGCCUUGUUUUCUGCCAUCAUCCCGAUGCUGGGAGCAGCCCCUGACGCCAUCCGUGAUGCUGUGGUGUCCGCUCUUGCGUCUAUCAAUCGCAAACUCUAUCGCACUCUGCUUGAAUCUCUUCAGUAUGCAGUCAUCAAGUGCAAUGAUGAGGCAAAGGCAAGGAUCAAUCACCAACGGUCGCCAAGUAGCCCACACCGAUCUCAGCAGACUGAACGACUUCGGACCGAAGUGACACACGUUUACAAGCUAACGGCUACUUUCCUCCGCCAUGAGGACAUCUAUGGCGAUGAGUGGAUUCUGACCAAUCUCGUCAACUACACCCGGGAUCUACGCAUCUUCUUAAGCGACACCGACGUGCAGAACGACUGGCGGUUCCAGAAACUGCGGUAUCAUUUCUGUGGUCUGGUGGAGGAAGUCUUCGAGGGCGUGAACCGAACCAAAAGUCCUUCUCGUUGGAUGCCUUUCGAGUCGCGAAAGUCGGCGUUCUCCUUGAUGGAGGAUUGGUGCGGUUACAGUGCGGAACAAAACCUUUUCGACCCUCAUCAUGGUCAUGGCGGAGAUAUGCAAGAGCGCAUGAAUGCCAGCGCCGCUACGGAGAAAGAGAAGAACAAUCUGCGGGUGGCUGCCCUGAGUGCAAUGGCAACCUUGUGUGCGGGCCCUGUCAGCAUCAAGACCGACAGCAAUGCUGUUCUGUCGUUCAACUUGCAGCGGAUGCUUUCAUGGAUUGAUACCAUCUUCGCCACCAAUAACCACAAGAUGCACACCAUCGGCCGACGAGCGCUCAAAUUGUUGCUGGUCAACAACCCCGAACACCUCGGUCUUGCCGAGCAUGCCAUAGAGCAGUGCUACCGGACCGAGUCUUCGAUGGCGCUGGAAAGCUACUUUGGUGUCGUCUGUGAGGUCUUGGUCCAACAGCCCGGCUAUCCCCUCCCGUUCUGGAAGAUCCUCAGCCUCAUUGUCUUCACACUGGGGAACGAGAACCGCGAAAUCCGGAUGAAAUCGGCGCAUCUCAUGCGCACCCUGGACGAACGGCAACAGAAGAGUUCCAACCUGCAAGAAUUCGACAUUAGCAUUUCCGACAAGACCCGGGCCGUGUACAAGUGGGCGCAGUUCGAAUAUUCGAAGCGACUGGCAAAUGCAAACUCAGAUAUUGCCUUCAUGAUCUUCUCUGAAUUUUCCCUCCACUACAAAUCUGCCCGGAAUGAUCACCAACGCAACAUGGUCGUGGCGAUCUUGCCUUGGCUGCAGACACUCGAACUCCAGGUUGACCCUAUCACGGGUGGGCCAACUGCCAUUUCCUACAUGAUUCUGGCCAACAUGUUUGAAAUCACCAUUUGCUCUAGCAACGCAAUGCAUAAUGAGGUGCAAGCUUUGUGGCAGGCUCUGGCGACGGGACCGCACGCCGGCAAUGUCCAGCUGAUUCUCGACUUCAUCAUCUAUCUGUCACUGGACCGGCGGGAGCAAAACUUCGUCGAGUACGCGAAGCAAAUUGUCGUGUACCUGUCCUCCACCCCCGCCGGCUCUCGGGUGUUGGAGUUCUUUAUGCUGCAACUGACCCCCAAGAACAUGGUCAACGACACGAAGCACGCUGAUGUCGCCGUUCCCGAUACCAGACACCUACCGUACGUUGCUGAUCUAGGUUCCUUGCUGCCCAUGGGAAACAAACAGGUCGGCCUGUCAUUAGGUCAGGUCUCCUUGAUUUUUCUGGUUGACUUGAUGGUCACGCCCGUGACUCUUGCCAAAGAAGAGGCGAUCAAGCUCAUACAUGCGCUACUCAUUCUUUGGGAUCAUUAUACAACCUCUGUCCAGGAACAAGCACGAGAGAUGUUGGUGCAUCUUAUUCACGAGCUGGUGACGACCAAGAUUGAUCCCGCAGCCCUGUACGGCUCCAAGUUGCAGAUCGAAAGCCUUGUGGAGGCAGUGCGUACCAAUGACCCUCGAGUAAGCUGGUCAUACAACAAGAACACGAGAAAGGAUGAGGACGACGGGGGCAGCCGGGUCCCACCAGCAAUGUCGGUGCUGACCGAAGAAAUCGUGGGCAUCUUCGACCUCGCAUUCGAGAAUUUCAGUGACACCUGGGCGAAAGAGGCGCUCCACUGGGCGUCCAUCUGUCCGGUUCGACAUCUGGCUUGCCGGUCGUUCCAGGUUUUUCGCUGUAUCUCUGUGAGCCUGGAUGCCAGGAUGCUUGCUGAUAUGCUUGCUCGCUUGUCCAACACGAUCGCCGAUGAGCACACCGACUACCAGACCUUCUCGAUGGAGAUCUUGACGACCCUCAAGGUUGUCAUUGGAGCCUUGGAGCCCAAAAAUCUCAUCCGCUACCCUCAACUCUUCUGGACCACCUGUGCCUGUCUCAACACCAUUCACGAAAGAGAAUUCUACGAGACGUUGGGCAUGCUGGACAAAUUCAUCGAGAAGCUUGACUUGUCUGCCCCCGACGUUACCGACGCCAUGAUGAAGGGUCAACCUGCGAACUGGGAGGGUGGUUUCAAUGGCCUGCAACCCUUGCUCUAUAAGGGGCUCAAGUCGGCUGACAGCUUGGACAAGACCUUACUCAUCCUCCACAAGCUGGCCGUACUUCCCAAUUGUCAGCUCGUUGGGGAUGAGACUCGCCUGCUGUAUUGUGUUUGGGCUAACCUGCCGGGUUUUCUGAGGAGCUUUGAUCUAGACGCUGCCGACGUUCCCUCGAUCGCAUGCGCACAAAGACUGGCGGAUGUGGCGGAUGUCGAAGGUCACAGUCUGUUGUCCACGUGUCUUCUCCAUUUUGCAAACAAGGCGUUCCCGACCGGCCAGGACAUGCUGACCGCUGUCAUUGAGGCCCUCUCGGUGGCAUAUUUUCCAGCCUACGAUGCUCCAAGCUUGAUCUUCAUGAUGGGUCUGCUGACGAACAGUGCUCCUUGGUUCAGAGAGAAACUGAUGGACAUCUUGCGCGUGUUGAUUCCUCUGGUGAACAUGAAAAGUCCCGCCAUCACCACACACGGACCGGAUCUCAUUUCCCCGCUUCUCAGACUUUUGCAGACUGAGCAAUGUCCUCAAGCUCUCGAGGUCUUGGAUUAUAUCAUGGAGGUGGCAACCACGCCCAUGGAAAAGCACCAUAUGCGCAUGAGUAUGGCUUCGGGGUCGGCAAAGGCGAUUCGAAAAGAGUAUGAACGGACCGAGAGCCUGUACGGAAUCCCGCUGGCGUCGGGCUGGUCGAUUCCCGUGCCGGCCAUCUAUUCGAGCAUGACCAGACGCAACGUGCAUGCUGUUUUCUAUACGUGCGGAGAGUCCGAUGCUCUGAAAGAUCAAGAGACUGCCGCUCCCGAGGUGGAAUUUCAAGGGGAUGAUGGGUACCCCGACUCAUACAUUCCACCGCAGAGUAGGGCCGAGACGAUCCGAUCCAUGGAGGCGGCAGCAGACACCAAUGUCAGUGAUCUGGUGAAUACCCUGGACAGUCUGGAUGAUUUCUUCGACGACCUGGACGGAGACACUGUUCUGACCCCGACGGGGAGCAGCCACUUUGGGGCUUCAACCAUGGCGAUUCCUCCUCUCGCCGAGCAGAGCACCGCCCUCUACGAUGAACACACGGCCCCUAUUCUCCGUCAGAGCCUUGCGCGCACCUCGUCUCUGGCCAACAUGGAAGAUGGACUCACUGAGCCCGGACCUCUACACGGUGCCCUCCCUCGUCCUCAGCCUGUCUUCACCGUGCCCAAUUACAGUGGGACAGCGCAAUCAUCUUUCUCUUCGAUCGAUGAACUCGGAGGACCAGGCCCCUCGAUGCCCAGCUCGACCAAAAAGCAACCUGGACCAAGUGUAUUGACUCCAGCCAGUCAUUCCAGACCUGGGCUGCAUGCCAGAUCCAUCACGUCGCCGGCCAACCAGUUUCCGGCCUCACAACCCACUCUCAAUGCAUUUGUGGCCGGGCCUCAAGGCAGCUCGUUCCGACUGCAGGACGAUUACGCGGAUCAAUACGACGAAGCCAUUCUUUCGGAUGGCGAGAACAGCCCUUUUCCUUCUCUGAGCGUCGCUGCACCUGGUCACAGCAAGGUCAUGUCAGGCCCAGGGCCGCUGGAAUAUCAGACCACACCCACGUCCGCUACGGAGAGCGGAGGCGCAUUCAGUUUGCAGAGCAUGCGACGAGGUAUGCGUCGUCUCACGGGCGGGAAGAGUGAAAGCCACAAGGAGAAGGAGAGAUCCAAGGAUUUCUCACGUUCGAGUUUGCGUCGCCAAUCCGGAGGAAACCAUCCAGUCCCGGGCGCAAUACUGAGUCCGAAGGUACCCAAAGUGCCCUUGGAAUACCUCAACACCGGCAAUCCCAACGGGGUCAGCCCAACCACCAGUCCGGGACUCUAG